AAGUCGCACAGGUCGCACUCCGUCUGCCGCAUUAUAUACUUCUUGUGCUGUAUAAGAAAGGGUCGUUUGCAUGGAAUUGGAUUGGUGUUGUAAACUAAACAGAGGUUUUAUGGUCGUAUGGCAGACGAGCAGUUGUGUCAAAUAAACAAAAAUUGUUCUUCACACGUUGGAGGUUGCUCGUUUGCUUGGAUUCUAAUUCUUUUGGAGAGAAAACAUGGAUCAUUAUAGUGCUCAAUUGAUGGAUGACAUUGUUCUGGAGGCCAGGGGAAGUCCUAAGCCGAAUUCGUCAAAAUCGAACGCAAAGAGUACUAAUUCAAAAACUGCCAAUGUCAACGUAAAGAGCACGAAUCCGCCAAUUCCUCCUAAAGACAAGCCAAAGUCUGAGCAGCCUACUUUUCGAAGCUUGAAAGUUGAAAUGCAAACUUUGCGAGUUUCUCAAGAAUCAGAGAAACAACUCUAUGACACAUUAAAACAUAUUCAUGGAUCUGGUUUCAGACUAGCCAAUCCUUCUGAAUUCGAAAAUAAAAAUACAAAUUUAGGAAAGCAGUAUUGGCUACAAAGAGGCAAUUUAAUUAUCAAAGGAAUAACAAAUUACUCAGCUAAGGAAGCAGGUGUGAAAAGUCAUGAACAGAUCACAAGGGACUUUGCAACUUCCAAGCUGGAAACUUACAACUUUCAUGCAUCUCAUUGUGCGGAAGCUUUGGCACACACAGAAGGUCACAUGGGCAAGGCUUUGGAACUGUUAUUUUAUAAGUAUUAUGGGAUUGAAAAUUUGCCAAAAAAGGACAAUUUUGAUGGAGUAGAUCUAAAUGAUUUGUUACAAAGAAGACAAGAAGAAAAAGAAGCUUUGGAAUCUAUUUAUGGUGAUAGUUUUAAAGAGAAAAUAAAAAAUCAAAUUUGGAUUUUCAAUGUGAAGUUGGAUUAUUUGGUAAAAACUGAUGAAGACAAAAAAAUAAAGAGCAAACCUAAACCACUGUCAAAGGAUAUAUGCAGACUGUACUUACAAGGUAAAUGCAGAUUUGGAAUUAAAUGCAGGUUCCUGCACCAGCAGCCUGAGCCAGCAGAAAAACCAAAAGCAAAAAUAGAUUCUAUGUUUACUUUAGAAAUUAGAUUUCCAGAUGACUGUAAAUAUCCUUAUGAACCUCCAUACUUUUAUUUUUACAAAAGUGAUGGAACUUUUCCUGCCUUAAACUCUUUAAGAAUAGCUAGAAGAUUACAUAAUGAAGCUUUGACGUUUUGUGAAGAUGGAAUACCAUCUAUGUACUCUGUCAUUUCUUUAUUAGAAAACGAAGAAGAAAUUCUGUCAUAUUUGAGUGAAAACAAAGAAUUUUUCCUGGAUCAGGAUGAUCCCCUUUUCGCCAAGUCUUCAGAAAUAGAAAAGGAUGGCCCCACACAUUAUAAGAAGGGCUCAACUAAUAAGAAAAAUAGAGAUGAAAUAGCGUGGGACGAUAUUCUUAGGCAAGACAUUGAAAUCAAAGCCAAGUUUAUGAAUAAGCAGAAAAAUCCACAUUAUCUAAAAAUGAAAGACGUGAGAAGAAAACUGCCGGCUUGGAGUAAAAUGAACGAAGUAUUGGAAACUAUUCACGAGAAUCAAGUAACGAUUAUUUCAGGAGAGACUGGUUGUGGUAAAAGUACUCAGGUUCCCCAGUUCAUUCUUGAUGACUGGAUAAUUAAUAUGAGUGAAGAGAGUAAAGAGCAUGUAGAAAUAGUAUGUACUCAGCCUAGAAGAAUAAGUGCAAUUGGAGUAGCUGAAAGAGUAGCUGCUGAAAGAGAUGAGAGGAUAGGAAACACAAUUGGUUAUCAAAUAAGAUUAGAAAGCAAAGUGUCAAGUAAUACAAGAUUAACAUUUUGUACAACAGGAAUACUACUUCAAAGAUUAUCUGGUGAUCCUCAACUUAAAUCUGUAACACAUAUCAUAGUUGACGAAGUACAUGAAAGAAGCGCCGAAAGUGAUUUUCUGCUAAUGUUGUUAAAAAAAUUACUUCGACAAAGACGAGAUUUGAAAGUGAUUCUCAUGAGUGCCACGCUAAAGUCUGACAUAUUUUCAACUUACUUUGGAGGUGUGCCAGUUUUGGAUAUACCUGGUAGGACUUUCCCAGUGACACAGUUCUUUUUGGAAGAUAUUCUGGAAAUGUCUAAUUAUGUUCUUGAAGAAAAUUCAAAGUAUACUCGGAAAAUCAAAGGCGGUUGGGAGCAAUUGAACGUCGAAUUAGAAACGGCUGAUGCCGAAAGUUUAGCGACCGUAGCUCCCAAAAACACUAUUCUCGAUGAAAACUUGACACUACCUCAAAUCAUGGGACGAUAUUCGGAUUACUCGCGGUCUACACACAAAAAUCUUUACGUCAUGGAUCACGAGAAAAUCAAUUUCGAAUUGAUCGAGAGAGUGAUUGAGUGGAUUGUUGAUGGAGAUCAUGAUUAUCCAAGAAGUGGCUCUAUUUUGGUUUUCUUGCCCGGUAUUGCUGAAAUAAUGUCAUUGAAAGAUCUUCUAAAUGACAAUAGAAUGCUGUCUCCUAAAUCUGGAAAGUUUCUCAUAAUACCCCUUCACUCAACUUUGUCGAGCGAAGAGCAAAGCCUAGUAUUUAAAAGGCCUAAACCUGGUGUUCGAAAAAUAGUACUUAGCACAAACAUUGCUGAAACAUCCGUUACGAUAGAUGACUGUGUUUUUGUCAUUGAUACUGGCAAAAUGAAGGAAACCAGAUUCAAUUCAAAUCAGAACAUGGAGAGUCUGGAAAUGUGUUGGGUUUCUAGAGCUAAUGCUCUGCAAAGAAAGGGUCGUGCUGGUCGUGUCAUGUCUGGUGUUUGCAUUCAUCUUUAUACGUCAUAUAGGUUCAACUACAGUUUCUUAGCCCAACCAAUUCCCGAAAUUUUGAGGAUUUCCUUAGAACCGUUACUCCUUCGUAUUAAAAUUCUACAUAAAAGUCAAGAUGUUGAUCUUUAUCAAUCCUUAGGUAAAUUGUUAGAGCCACCAGCUCAAGAUAGUAUUUCAACAGCAAUCAAAAGGUUGCAGGAUGUUGGUGCAUUUGAUCCAGAAUCUAUGUUAACCCCGUUAGGUCACCAUUUGGCAGCUCUGCCUGUUGACGUUAGAAUCGGCAAAUUAAUACUGUUCGGUGCAAUUUUCUGUUGCGUAGAUUCUGCUCUAACUAUUGCAGCUUGUCUCUCUCACAAAAGUCCUUUCGUUGUUCCUUUCGAUAAAAAAUACGAAGUCAAUGCAAAAAAGAAAGAAUAUGCUACUGCCAAUUCUGAUCAAUUGACUACUUUAAAAGCAUACAGAAAAUGGUUGGAGAUUAGUGCUCACGGAUACCUGGCAGGACAAACAUUUGCAAACGCAAACUUUUUAUCCGUACGAACUCUUCAGACUCUAGCUGACAUAAAACAUCAACUGCUGGAAUUAUUAGUUUCUAUUGGAUUUGUACCUGUAAACAUAAGAAAGCGACCUAUGGGUCAGGACAAGAUUCUCGAGGUCACGGGUCAAGAAUUAAACACUAAUAACGAAAACUACAAUCUCUUACAGGGAUUACUUUGUGCAGCAUUGUAUCCUAAUGUAGUAAAAGUAUUUACUCCAGAAAAAUCAUUUCAAAUGCAGUCUUCCGGGGCCAUUCCUAGACAGCCAAAGCCGGAAGAACUCCGGUUCCAAACAAAGGAAGAUGGAAUGGUCAAUAUACAUCCAUCUUCAAUCAACUUUAGUGUUGGAUAUUAUACUAGUCCAUACUUGGUCUUCCAAGAAAAAAUCAAAACCAGCAGAAUAUUCAUUAGAGAAGUGACAAUGGUGCCUAUGUUGGCACUUGUAUUAUUCUCUGGUUAUGGUAUAGAUAUUGAACUUCACAAUGGUACUUUCAUUCUUUCAUUGGGAGAUGGCUGGAUUAUGUUUGCCGUAGAAUCUCAUAGAGUUGCACAACUGUUGCAGUACGCACGAGUGGAGUUGAUUAAACUAUUAGAGCAGAAAAUGGAAGAUCCUCUUCUAAAUCUUGUGAAUCAUCCUCAUGGAAGAAAAAUUAUAAGAACUAUUGUUAAUGUAGUGACAAAUGGUUAAAUUGAUCGAAAUUUGCUGGUUUUAAAUCUAUUUUGGAAAAACUUAUAUUUAUUUAUUCUUAUUUUAAUAGCAAAAUCGUUUAUUUAUGUCGUUAAAGAUAAUAGUAAAAUUGUAUAUAAGAGAUUUUAUACGAAUGUUAUACGCGCGAAAAGAUAAUAUUUUUAUAACAUUCAAAUGCUAUAUUUAUAAAAAAGCAUCUUGCGUCUAAACAGAAAUAUGUAACCAAUGUUUUGUAAAAACGAUUUGUUACAUGAAAAUUAAAGCGACUAUACUUUUAUAACAAAAAUGUACGUUUUGAAUGACCCGGUAUUUAUAGUACUUUGCGAACCCAACCUUUAUUUGCUCCGAACGCUGCGAUUGGAUAUGAGCAGAUAUGAUACACUAUGUAUUGUGCGUCAGCGUAGACAAGUAUUGUAGAGUAGGUAUAGCAGGUACAAACUGACCUUCUUCUAGUAAGUCAAUAAAAACAUCAAGAAUUCUUUGUAAAUCGAUAAA